UUUUUUUUUCCUCCUUUGGAAUAUUUUUUGUUUAGCUGUGCUUUUCAGCCACAUCACCCCCUGCAUUAGUAUUCUGGUACAGAGAACAGUGAAGAGACAUUUUCAAUGCUGCAGCAGAGACUGCCCAAGUUUUGAGGCUUCUUAAGUAAUGAGAAUUGCUCAGUUAAGUGAAGCUGAAUCCUGUAAUAUUAAAAACAUCUCACAGGGAUUGCAUUUGAGAGGGAGUAUGACUUCUGCAACGUCACCUAUCAUUUUGAAAUGGGACCCCAAAAGCUUGGAAAUCAGGACUCUCACAGUAGAGAGACUACUGGAGCCACUUGUCACCCAGGUAACGACGUUGGUGAACACGAGCAAUAAAGGACCGUCUGGCAAGAAGAAAGGGCGCUCGAAGAAGGCUCAUGUUUUGGCUGCCUCAGUGGAGCAGGCCACUCAGAACUUCUUGGAAAAAGGAGACCAAAUUGCUAAAGAGAGCCAGGAUCUCAAAGAGGAGUUGGUUGCUGCUGUAGAUGAUGUUCGAAAACAAGGAGAGACGAUGCGCGUCGCCUCGUCGGAGUUCGCGGACGACCCCUGCUCCUCGGUGAAGAGGGGCACCAUGGUGCGCGCCGCCCGCGCCCUGCUCUCGGCCGUCACUCGCCUGCUCAUCCUGGCUGACAUGGCUGAUGUCAUGAGGCUCCUCUCGCACCUCAAAAUCGUAGAGGAGGCACUAGAAGCUGUGAAAAAUGCAACGAAUGAGCAAGAUUUAGCCAAUCGUUUUAAGGAAUUUGGGAAGGAAAUGGUUAAACUGAACUAUGUUGCUGCGAGGAGGCAACAGGAGCUGAAGGACCCUCACUGCAGGGACGAGAUGGCCGCGGCCCGCGGGGCUCUGAAGAAGAACGCCACCAUGUUGUACACGGCCUCGCAGGCCUUCCUGCGCCACCCCGACGUCGCGGCCACCAGGGCCAACAGGGACUACGUCUUCAAGCAAGUGCAGGAAGCGAUCGCCGGCAUCUCCAACGCUGCCCAGGCCACCUCGCCCACCGAUGAGAACAAGGGCCACACCGGCAUAGGGGAGCUCGCUGCUGCUUUGAAUGAGUUUGAUAACAAGAUCAUCCUGGACCCGAUGACGUUCAGCGAGGCGCGGUUCCGGCCGUCCCUGGAGGAGCGGCUGGAGAGCAUCAUCAGCGGGGCAGCGCUGAUGGCCGACUCCUCGUGCACGCGCGACGACCGCCGCGAGCGCAUCGUGGCCGAGUGCAACGCCGUGCGCCAGGCCCUGCAGGACCUGCUCUCCGAGUACAUGAACAACACUGGAAGGAAAGAGAAGGGAGACCCACUCAACAUUGCCAUUGACAAGAUGACCAAGAAGACACGAGACCUUAGGAGACAGCUCCGGAAGGCAGUGAUGGAUCACAUAUCAGAUUCAUUCCUGGAGACCAACGUCCCACUGCUGGUUCUCAUCGAGGCCGCGAAAAGCGGCAACGAGAAAGAAGUGAAGGAAUACGCUCAGGUCUUCCGUGAACACGCCAAUAAGUUGGUGGAGGUUGCAAAUCUGGCCUGUUCAAUCUCCAAUAAUGAGGAAGGUGUGAAGUUAGUCCGUAUGGCAGCCACACAGAUUGAUAGCCUGUGCCCACAGGUAAUUAAUGCUGCACUCACGUUGGCUGCCAGACCCCAGAGCAAAGUAGCCCAGGACAACAUGGAUGUGUUUAAGGACCAGUGGGAGAAACAGGUGCGAGUUCUCACCGAGGCUGUCGACGACAUCACUUCAGUGGAUGAUUUCCUCUCUGUUUCAGAAAACCACAUCCUGGAAGAUGUGAACAAGUGUGUGAUUGCCCUGCAAGAGGGGGAUGUGGACACGCUGGACAGGACCGCGGGCGCCAUCCGGGGCCGCGCAGCCCGAGUCAUCCACAUCAUCAACGCAGAGAUGGAGAACUACGAGACCGGGGUUUACACCGAGAAGGUGCUGGAAGCUACCAAGCUGCUCUCUGAAACUGUGAUGCCACGUUUUGCUGAGCAAGUGGAGGUGGCCAUUGAAGCCCUGAGUGCCAACGUGCCCCAGCCCUUCGAGGAGAACGAGUUCAUCGACGCCUCCCGCCUGGUCUACGACGGAGUCCGGGACAUCAGGAAAGCUGUCCUGAUGAUCAGGACCCCUGAGGAGCUCGAGGACGACUCAGACUUCGAGCAGGAGGAUUAUGACGUGCGCAGCCGAACGAGUGUCCAGACUGAGGAUGACCAACUCAUUGCUGGCCAGAGUGCAAGGGCUAUCAUGGCCCAGCUGCCCCAGGAGGAGAAGGCAAAGAUUGCAGAGCAGGUGGAGAUAUUCCACCAAGAAAAGAGCAAGCUGGAUGCAGAGGUGGCCAAGUGGGAUGACAGUGGCAAUGACAUCAUUGUGCUGGCCAAGCAGAUGUGCAUGAUUAUGAUGGAAAUGACAGAUUUCACCAGAGGGAAAGGCCCCCUGAAGAACACAUCCGAUGUCAUUAAUGCAGCCAAGAAGAUUGCAGAGGCAGGAUCCAGGAUGGACAAAUUGGCACGGGCAGUAGCUGAUCAGUGCCCAGACUCAGCCUGCAAGCAGGAUCUGCUGGCCUACCUGCAGCGCAUUGCCCUGUACUGCCACCAGCUCAAUAUCUGCAGCAAAGUGAAGGCAGAAGUUCAGAACCUGGGAGGAGAACUCAUUGUAUCAGGGACUGGAGUUCAGAGCACUUUCACUACCUUUUAUGAGGUAGAGUGUGAUGUCAUAGAUGGGGGCAGGGCUAGUCAACUUUCCACCCACCCACCCACCUGUGCUGAGGGAGCUACGCUUGAGACUGGAAGCGGUGACUCCUCAACGCUGGACAGUGCCACUUCUCUCAUCCAGGCAGCUAAAAACCUGAUGAACGCUGUGGUCCUUACAGUGAAAGCAUCAUAUGUGGCUUCUACUAAAUAUCAGAAGGUGUAUGGCACUGCUGCAGUGAACUCUCCAGUUGUAUCUUGGAAGAUGAAGGCCCCCGAGAAGAAACCUCUAGUAAAGAGAGAAAAACCAGAAGAAUAUCAGACAAGAGUGAGGAGAGGAUCCCAGAAGAAACAUAUUUCCCCUGUACAGGCCUUAAGUGAAUUUAAAGCUAUGGAUUCAUUCUAAACCACUGAGCUUUACCAGGAGGGUUUUAUAUUCCUUUUUUGUAUGCGUACCUGCCGACUUGUGUGCGUCUGGCAUGGGGUGGGGGGGACAAAGUGACAAUUUGCAUGUGACCUGAGACUCUAUUCCAGUAAAUAACUCUCUGCAGUGCCCAAAAUUCAGGGCAUUGCCUUCUGAUGUUAAGUGGACUUAACUCCAAGCUUCCUUUUUAAACGAAACUAUAGCAUUAAAUUGGCCAAAGAAUUUGCGUCACAGGGGUAUACGUGUGGAAUAAAUGAUAAAUUCAAGUCUAAACCCCGAAAUUUUUAUGCAUGCAAGAAACAUUAGGUUGGCAGGUAUAUUAAAUGAAAAAAAAAAAAAAAAAAAAAAAAAAAAAAAAAAAAAAAAAAAAAAAAAAGGAAUUGUAAUGGUAGACCAUAAAGCUUGUAUUGCUUCUGUUGCAGUGCAAAAAUGUACUAGCCAAUAUGCUUCAAUGUGUGGCCCAAUAAUUAAAUAAUAUAACUUUUAAGUCAUCUUCAUUAUAGUAUGUGAAUUUUUAAAACAGAUUCAAACUAAUUCAUCUUAAAAAUGCUUCUUUUGAACCAGAUUUUGUUCUUUAUAUUCUAGUAGUGUUAUGACUGCUCACAUUUCAAUUAAGCCCAUUAAUAUGACCAGAGGUUUACUUUUGCCAAUUGAAUUCCUUAUGGUGGAGUAUGAAGCACAAUAUGGUGAUUGACAUUGCCUUUUAUAUUAUCAUUAUUAUUCUGAUUAUUAUUAUUAUUAUAUUAGUAAUAGAAGACCUGGUGGUGGAAUGUUUAGAGACACGGGAACUGACAGUGUGAGAAUUUAGAGGAAAAUAUGUAGGUGUAGCUUGGAUUACAGGUAUCUGACAUACCAUUGUAACCACUAACUCAAUAAACUCAUUUAACCUUGGAAUCCUCAA